CCCACAUGGUUUUUCCCUCCCAGAAGCCUUCAGUUCGUAACAACAUGGCGGCGCCCGGCAGGCACGUAGGGCAUUACAUCCAGAGAAACAGUCGCUUUUUGUUGAAUAACGUCGAGCUUUUGCGGGGUCACAGGUGUUUUGGUUGGACUUCAGCUCUACGACAACAAGCUGCAGAAGCUAAUAAAGAAUCUACAGAGACUAUUGUCAUCCCCAGGAAGAAAACAUGGAGCAAGGAGGCAGUGCUGGAGGCUCUGGCUUCGACUGUUGGCAGGGAUCCUACAGCAUAUCCCUACGAGUAUCAGGAUGAUCCUUACCUCGCUCCCAGAACCACUGCUGAGUUUAAGCUGUUCUCUCUCUCUCAGGAGGCUGGCAGAUCUGCAGCUAAAUACUUUGUCAACAGCAAUCCCAAGUUCUUCACCAAAGACUUUGCUGAGCCACAUAUACCAUGUCUGAUGCCAGAGACUGUGUCGCUGCUUCUCGAGGAGGUGACUGAGGAGGCACUGAACGAACGAAUCAACUUGAGGAGAGUUACAGCUGCUGUUGACAUGUAUGAUCGACUCCUGCAAGCUGGCACAGCGGUCUCUAUGGAAACAACCCAUGACCUGUUAGACCUGAUCUGUCUCUACUGUGACAGAGACCCUCUCCAGGAGGGACAACCACAGAUGGAGGACAUGGAGGAGUCAGGAGAGGAAGUGAAGAGAAAGAAAACAAGGUUUGGUCGGGCUGCAGACCUGCUGAGAUCCACCUGGAGAGAAAACAACAAUGCAGAGAGAAUCUUUAACCUGCUGCCAGAGAGAGACACACGGUGUUACUCCGCUCUGAUCAGAGGCAUGGUGAAGCAUGGAGCCCACGCAAAGGCCUUCAGUAUGUACACAGACUUGCUAAACAACAGGCUGAACGCUGACGUCCACAUCUUCAACGCGUUGAUUUCAGCAGCUCCAGAUGUCAGAGAAAAAUUCAACGAGAGAUGGGACCUCAUCGCGGAGCUGUUGAACCAGAUGAAGCAACAGAAAGUUCAGCCCAACCUGCUGACCUUCAACAGCGUUUUCAAAGCUCUCAGACGCUGUGGGUAUGUGGCCAGAACACAAGCUCUACCCACUCUGAAUGAGAUGAAGGCUCUGGGAAUAGCUCCCAGCCUGGCCACCUACCACCACAUCGUGGCAAUCUUUUACAAAGCUGCCUCCACUGGCAAGAACAACACUGACAUUUUACACGAAGUGAUGUCAGAGCUGGCAGGAACCAGCUUCACCUGCCAGGACCCCAAUGAUGUUCAGUUCUUCAUGAGCGCAAUGAGAAUAUGUAUGGAUAGCAAAGACCUGGAGCUGAGUUAUAAGGUCCAGAGCCUGGUAGAAGUGGGACAGAACUGGAGGCUUCUGGGAGAGCCCUACCAAAAGAGUACAUACUAUGGUCGCUUCUUCAGCCUGCUGUGUAUGAUGGAGCACAUUGACAUGGUGUUGAAGUGGUACAGACAGCUCAUUCCCUCGUUGCACUACCCGCACCAUCAGGGAAUGAGGGACCUGCUGCAGGCUCUGGACACCGACAGUCGUCUGGACCUGCUGCCCACUAUAUGGAAAGAUAUCCGCUCUCUGGGUCAUGAUAAUAAGUCAGAUCUGGUGGAGGAGAUGCUCGCUCUGAUGGCCAGAGACAGACACAGUCCUGAGGUUCAGGAGUCUUUUGCAGUGUGUGCUCUGGAUGUAAAGAGUGUGUUUGAUGAGGAAAGAGGGAAGAUGCGUCUGGAGUGGAGCAACUCCUCCCUCUCUAACAUCAUCUCCCUGCUGCUGCGAGCCAACAGAACCCAACAGGCCUGGGAGAUGCUGAAGCUCUUCAAAUCCAACAACAGAGUUCCUGAUGAGCAACUGUUAGAGGACUUCAUGUCAGUGUGUCACAGCAAAAGAUCUCCCGGAAAAGCAGUGGAGCUGGUUCAGCUGUCUGGAGCCUUCUGUCUGUCUGCAACACCAAGGCUGGCAACGCGAGCACUGGCUGAGUUUGAUCUGACUGAGGAACAGAGAGCUGUGUUAUCUGAACUGGAGUCGACAGAACAGCCCUCUGACUGAAGGAGACAACAGUGGGUGAACUACCAUGAUGCUGACCCACUAAUGAAAGAAUCUCACAAAUUCAUGGACUGUGCUUGUGUCAUUAUCUGUGUAAUAAAAAUGUAUGUCACAUAAAUAAAAUCUGAAUCUCUUGUAA